AUGCUAUCGUUCAGCAGACCCUGGAGGGUCUUCAGGUGGCAAGCAACUUCGCAGGUGCAUCGCCACAAAAAGUCACUGUCAUCUGUACCCAUUCAGCGGUACUUUGGGACAAGAAGCCAAUCGAAAAGCAGGUUAACCAGGGACCAGGCCGAGCUUCGGGAAGCACGGCGGCAGAUUUUCAACGUCGAGGAACACUUCAAGGACUACGCGACCUCCGAGAGCUAUCUCACUGCGUUGAGGAAAGCCCAGCGUAGACUGGACGCAUUGCUGAUAAACAGCAGGAACGAGAAAGUGCGAGCACAGUUGCUUCGCAAGUACCAGCAUCUGAUCGGGGACAGAGAGCUUCAUGUAUUCUAUGUUGACAGUGUGAUGUACCACCUGGAAGGCAGCACAGACAAAGAGCGAGAACUUAGUGGAAUACCACAGCUACGACAACACCUUCAAGAUCUUCAGGGCGAAACAAUUUUCAAGGAGAGAGACCACUUCAUCACCACCAGGAUUCCAGCAUUGAUUGGCUCGUUCAUGGCUUGGAUGGAAUCCAAAAAGAACGAGGGUGCCCCUGAAGAGCGGCGGCAGCUUCCAGAUGCCCAUGAGCUCGAACUCCGCCAUUCCGUCACUACGUGGGCUGACGCGAUGCACGCAGCUUUUGAGAAGAACAUCGAUCAUCCCCUCGAGCACAACACUGAGGAGAUCAAUCGCCAAUGCGCAAAGGUGGCCAAUCGUUGGUGGGUUUGGCCUCAUCCAUCGGUGGCUGCAUGGGUGAGGCACCAGGGCAGUCAUUACACCAGUAUUCGUGGCAGGAGAUGCUGGAACACAGAUCUUCUACGAUCCUUCUAUGAAGUUACAUCCCGAAACUGGCAAGUCUUUCAUGGCCAGACAGAACGUAUCUUCAAGGCCCUAGAGACCAACAUCAUCAGCCCCUGGGAAGCAUAUGAACACCAGUGCCGCAAGCUGGAAGCCCCUGUCAACUUUCUCACUACGUUGGCAGCAAGGAUCCAUAUUUUGAUCCUGAACGUGGCUUCUGCAAUCAAUGCAUACCGCAAAGGGAUGUCGAGAAUCGUACUUUCUUACAAACAAUUUGGUAAGCUGAUAUGGAUAGGACCUGUUGUGUCUUUGGUCCUUCUUGCUGUUUUCUUUUCGUUUUGGGCUAACUCCAAGACAGGGAAAGGGUCCCACGCGAGACGCGUCAAAACACUACACAGCCGUGUUUCAAGCGAGGCGUUCGUCGACGACUUCCGAUCCCGUCUUUCCGGAGACUUCGACGAGCUGAUCACAGAGACCUCACAAGCCAUCUCAGAUAGGCUUGGCCGCGAAUUCGGGGCCCUCCGAAGCGAUGUCGACCUCAUGCAGAAGAAACAACGGUCCGAGUUCUAUGAGACCUACUACGAAAAUCAUUGGAAAAGCGUGGCCCAGCUUCAUGGGGUGAAGGCCGCAAUCGAGAAAUUGGUCGACGAUAUGAACAAUCUUGCUGCUCCGGCCAGAGAGAUGGCCCAAAAGCAAUAUGCUCUAGCCUCACCAGACAACAGACCAGUCUGA